GGAGGCGGCGGCGGCAGCAUCGUCGUCUACAUCGACAAGCCGCAACGCAAGUGGCGCGAUGAGCAGCAUUUGCAACAACAUAUUCGUUUUCAAGUCGCUCAACGACACGGCCAAGGUCAUGUGGUUUGAUGGGUCGAUCGUGGCGCAACGGGCCGGGCGAGCGACAUUUACAGUUCAAGACGCUGCCAAUACUCGUAUGGUCGCGCUCCGGACCCAGAUGAACUACGACGAGAGCUCGCAAGUCAACAUCCUGAGCCAGAUCCGCACGCGCGAGGACCAUGACCUUAUGGCACACAUCUCGGAGGACAACAACACGGUUGAGUUCUGCAACGAGAAGGCGACCACCAAGAUGACCCAGUGGCGACCGAGCAAAGCACACGGCGACAAAUCGCAGCUCGAAAUCAAGAUCGACCGCAACAACAAGUACUACACGGUGCACCUGGUCGUGUGCGGCUCUGAGCAAGACGCUACACUACACCAAGGAUCAAGGUCUCAGCACGAAGAUCAUGGGGGAGACAACGAAGAGUCACUGGACGAGGUCUUUGUCACGAUCUACGUGGACGACCUGCUCAUCCUUGGCGAAGACAAGUGCACGAGUGCAGUCAAGGGAGACCUGGCAACCAAGUUCAAGGUGACCAGCAAGAUGCUCACGUUCUCGCUGCACAAGUGCGCCCUCGGUCUCAUCCAGAAGAACGGCAACACCGUCAUCUAUCCCGUCGACCUGCCACAGCACCGGAACUUGUAUCUCCACGUGGUCUACGGCACGUGUGAUGACAACGACGCACUUUUGUACGCGAAGCGAAGCCUCGCCGGGACAUUGCAGUAUCUUGUCAUGUACUCACGCAUGGAGCUCGCGAACAUCAAGGUGAUGCGGGCGCUCAACUACCUCGUCGGCAAGAUUGAUCUGACCUCGAGCUUUCCGAGCUUACCCAAUGCCGUGCUUUACGCCAUUCUGGAGACGACCACGAGCGCGAAGGACGUUGUCGCCUUGCUGGGUGCGUUGCCGCCGAUGAUGCUGCCGCCCGAGCUCAUUGCGCUGCGAGACCUCGGCGCUGUCGUUGACCUCGCUUGCCACUGGCCGGUCGUGCACGUGACCACGAUUCCGAUCCAGUACGCGCGCCUCGGUAUCGCUGCGCUGCCAGCUUUCGCCGGUGUCUACAUUGACGCUGGCUUCACGGCCCUCGAUUGGCUGGAUGCGACGCUGCCGCCAACGAUGCCGGUGACGCUGGUCGUCGAUCCGUCCGUGUCUGGCGCCCUGAGCGCCUUUGUCUAUGCGUGGGGCGACCGCAUCACGAAUGUCAUUAUCAAGAAGCACGAGGUACAGCCCGACCUGAUCCCCGAUAUGCUCGGUCGCUGCGUCAACGUCCAGUCGGGACCCCGUGCAACGUCCCUCUCGCUCGACUGCGUCUCUGUGAGUGACCCGACGGCGCUGGCUAUCGCGAUCCAAGCCUGCUCGACGCUGGCGACCUUGCGUCUGGACCGUGCCGUGGACGUGCAGACAGCGCUGGUGGCGUUGCCAACGACCUUGCACCACGUCACGACGCUAUCUUUGAGUUAUUCCUCGGAGCCGAACGAUAUUGGCCCGGGAGGUUUACUGCGAAAGCUGGACCAGGCCAAGAUUGUUUCCAUCCGAUACAACGGGUAUCCGUCGAUGCGUUUGGACGACGUCAUGAACUUUCUUGUGACGCGCACUUCGCUCGAAUCGGUGACCCUGUACAACUGGACUCUUCCAGCAAUUACCGAGAUCGGCGCUUGGCCGCGUCUCUCCAGCAUCACGCUGCACGGAGUUCAAUUUGAUCACAUGGAGAGUGUGCCGGCGAUCAUUCAGUGGCUCUCGACGUCGCGCCAUCUUACGUCGGUGGACUUCACUUCUACGAAGCUCGGGAAGGAAGGUGUCUUGGCCCUGGCGCGUGCGUUGCCUGUCUGGAUGGCGCGUGGUCUUACGACACUGACGCUGUAUGGCACUGGACUGACGGACGUUGACGUUGUCGUACUUGCCAUCGCGCUCGCCUCGAAGUGCAACCGCCGCGCGUUGAAGGUCGACGUGUCGUCGUGCAGUCUUACACUGACGUCGGCAUCGUUCCUACUGGCGACGCUGGGAGCAUGCUGCAAUGUCACGCUGCGUUUGGGCUACCCUUUUGGUAAUUUUGGCCCGCAAUAUCGGCGUUACAACGCAGCCAAUGAAGAUCGAAUCCAGGACCUCGUGAACGUGCACGGGCUGCAGUCGACCGAGCCAGGUGUAUUCACAUCCCCUACGCGCGCGUCGUCGCCAUGGGAAACACUCUAA